CAGUAUCAUGGCUCCUCCAGCCCCCGGCCCGGCCACCGGCGGCUCUGGGGAGGUGGACGAGCUGUUUGACGUGAAGAAUGCCUUCUACAUUGGCAGUUACCAGCAGUGCAUCAACGAGGCGCAGCGAGUGAAGCCUUCGAGUCCAGAGAGGGACGUGGAGCGAGACGUCUUCCUAUACCGAGCAUACCUCGCACAGAGGAAGUAUGGUGUGGUGCUGGAUGAAAUCAAGCCCUCCUCUGUCCCUGAGCUGCAGGCUGUGCGCAUGCUUGCCGAGUACCUUGCCAGUGAGAGCCAGAGGGACGCUGUGGUGGCACACCUGGACCGGGAGAUGAGUCGCAACGUGGACGUGACCAACACCACCUUCCUGUUGAUGGCCGCCUCCAUCUACCUGCACGACGGGAACCCGGAUGCCGCGCUGAGGGCCCUGCACCAGGGUGACAGCCUCGAGUGCUCGGCCAUGGUAGUGCAGAUCUUGCUGAAGCUGGACCGCCUGGACCUUGCCCGGAAGGAGCUGAAGAAGAUGCAGGACCAGGACGAGGAUGCCACCCUCACCCAGCUGGCCACUGCCUGGGUCAAUCUGGCUGUGGGUGGUGACAAGCUGCAGGACGCAUACUACGCCUUCCAGGAGCUGGCCGACAAGUGCUCGUCCACCCUGCUGCUGCUCAACGGCCAGGCCGCCUGCCACAUGGCUCAGGGCCGCUGGGAAGACGCUGAGGGCGCGCUGCAGGAGGCACUCGAUAAGGACAGUGGCCACCCAGAGACACUGAUCAACCUCAUUGUCCUGUCACAGCACCUGGGCAAGCCCCCUGAGGUGACCAACCGCUACCUGUCACAGCUGAAGGAUUCCCACAGGUCCCAUCCAUUCAUAAAGGAGUACCAGGCCAAGGAGAAUGACUUUGACCGGCUGGUCCUGCAGUACGCUCCCAGCGCAUGAGGCUG